UCCUUUCAUUCUAUUUAUAGUGCAAAUCAGAUGGGGGUAAGAAAAAACACACUUAAUAUAUUUUAUUGUUUGAAAAGAGUAUUCGAUAUCAAUUUUGAACUCAAUUAACAAAUAUCUACAAUCUCAACAAGCAUAAAUUUUGGCAAAAAUUAUACAAAAAAUUUGAAAAAUAUUCGUUUGUAACUAGAUACACUGUUUUUAAGAUUAUUAAAGUAGCCAAGUGCUAUAGAGUUAAUAAUUAAUUAAGACUUCAUAGGCUUCGCUUUUAAAUUAAGGCACUCGCUCAUUUAAAUAGCUACUCAACCUCUUGUCAUUGUAGAAUGA